CCUGAGGAGAUCCGCCGCGCCUAUCACCGCGCCUCGCUCCGCGUCCACCCCGACCGGGCCGAGCCCGAAGCCAAGGAGGAGGCGACGCGGCGCUUCCAGAUCCUGGGCAAAGCCUACGCUGUGCUGAGCGAUGCGGAGCAGCGCGCCGUGUACGACGAGCAGGGCACGGUGGACGAGGAGGGCGAGGCGCUGCGAGCCGAGCGGGACUGGCAGGAAUACUGGAGGCUGCUCUUCAAGAAGAUCACCGUCAAAGAUAUUCAAGACUUUGAGAAGAACUACAAAGAUUCAGAGCAAGAGCUAGCGGAUAUUAAAUCGGCCUACGUGGAUUUUGAAGGUGACAUGGACAGAAUAAUGGAGUCGGUGCUGUGCGUGGACUACACGGAUGAGCCGAGAGUGAGGAAGAUCAUAGAAAGAGCUAUUGAUGCUGGAGAACUCCCGUCCUACAAAGCUUUUGUGAAAGAGUCCAAGCAGAAAAUGACGGCAAGGAAGAGGCGGGCUGAAAAAGAAGCUAAGGAGGCAGAAGAGAGCAGGAAAGAACUGGGCCUCGGUGAUGGAGAAGAUGACUUGAAAGCGCUGAUUCAAAGCAGAAAUAAAGACCGAAAAAAGCAAAUGGAUGACUUUUUGGCCCAAAUGGAAGCAAAAUAUGGGAGUAAUGCUAAAAAGGGAGGAAAGAAGACUGCAGCCAAGAAAGGAAAGAAAUAAAGGACUGUGUAUGCUGAAGUGUCAGGUAUAUUUCAGUUGGGAACACGUGGAUUUAGGAGUUGCAGAGUGUGUGUGCAUCGACUUGCUGUGACUGAGAAGCAUGGUGCAGAACGCAUCGCAAACAAGAAAGACAAAGCAUUCUAGUGCUACUGUUUAAAAUCCUUUGGGUGCUUUUUAGUUAAGGUCAAACCAAUUCUAGUUUGAUAGUUUUGUUAUGGUAAGGAAGCACUGAGAUGCCUGGGAUGGCUGCCUGUUUCUUCAACCUGCGCUGAAUCACAUUCAGGGAUAUCAGUACUGCUGAUGGUGAAAGAAUGUGAUCCUGCACCUCUGAGAGUCUUUGCCACUCGUUCCUGUGGCUUUUGAAUUAGAAACCUUAUCCUUUUGUUGUUCACUUUUCUAACCAAUCUCGUGCAGUUCUUAGAGAUCUCUGCAUACAGGUAUAUUUCAGAGAUUCCACGGGUUUUAUAAAAACUUAUGAAAAUAGAAGAUUUAAUAAAUGAUUUUGCAGAA